CAGAAACAUUUCCUUCUAACUUUCAAAUUAGUUUCGUUUUAAGCGAACCUUAGCAAUGAUGCAUUCCAUCGGCUUGGUAUUAAGCGGUCUCUUUGCGUUGACAACUUUAUUUGUUUACGCUAACGCCACGCCAAACUGUCCCCCUUGUGAAUGUACGAAUCCACUUAGAUUCUUUACUGAUAGAAAUGGAUGCAGACGAUGCUGGUGUUUCAGGAUCCCACAGGGCCCUGGCCGUCCCAGAAAACCUGAUGGCGAUUGCCCAUACUGUCCUUGUAAAAUUGAUCUUGCCGGACCAGUCGAUGCUAACGGUUGUCCAGCCUGCUCAUGCCUAGCGACUGAACCGCCUGCGCCACCGAGCCCACCGGGUCCCCCGAGUCCACCAAGUCCACCAGUAAUCUGUCCGGACUGUGAAUGUGCGAAGCCGAUUGCGCCUCCAUCAAUCGAUAAAAAUGGAUGUCUUCGUUGCAGUUGUCCUGAAGACGGAAUAAAGCCUCCACUUCCACCACCAACAAAUUCCUUUUGCCCUUUCAACCAAAUCGAAGUGGAGUGUGCCUUGGACUGCCAGCCUAAUUGUAAUGACUACGUUCGUAAAAUAGACACAAUGAGUCUGCCGUGUAAUAAGAUGUGCAGACGCUGUGUGUGCGAGGAUGGUCUGUAUUUUGAGAGUGACGGUCAUUGUAUUGCACCAGAGUUUUGUGGUUGUUACGAAGAUCGCCUUGACCAAUAUUUCAAGGUUGGUGACCGAUUCCUGAUAGAUGAUCAAAUCUGCGAGUGUGACAGUCUCAAUAAUAUCCUGUGUGAAGAGGAUUCGGAAGGCUCUGGAUCUGGCAUUGAAGUGUAAACCAAUAAAAUUCGUCAUGCACCUAUAAAGAGGAUAUUUUGAACAACGGUCGAAUAGGCCUAUAUUGCAUUUACGACGGCUACUUUUGCGCAUAGGCCUACAUUAAUUUUAAUCAAUUAGUUCAAUCAAACAAUCAAUUAAUUAGUUCAAUCAAUCAGUCAAUCAAUCAAUCAAUCAAUCAAUCAAUCAGUUAGUCAUUUGAACAGUCAGUCAGAAUCAAUAAAUACCUCAAUUUAUUUGGAAAACGCUUUUGUAACCACCCCAAACAUCACUUUGAUGUCGCCUUUAUUCUAACAGUAAAUUUUGGUAGCUUUUUUUAGGUUGUUCAAUUUAAAAUGAAUUUCUUGAACGUCAAAAGAAUAUACCUUUGCUAAACGCAGUCAGACGGCAUAGAAAGACCAAAGGUGUGGUUUUCUACGAACGAAAUUGAGAGGUUAUGAAUACAUAAUUAUCAGAUGCUAGAAAGCUGCUAGGUUAAAGGUUAUCGAGUCAAUUAACUAAAGCCACACAUCCUUCAUGGUUUGAUAUAUCCGUAUCAAUUUUUACCGAAUGUUUUUCUAUGCAAAUGUGCGCAUGCGUUUAUGUUUAGGUCAAUAACCUAUGCUUUUUAGACUAAUAUUUUUGACUCAGAAUUUUUUAAAGUUACCUUUCUACAAAUAAACGUUUGAGUUGCUAA